AAACUCUCUCCUCUUGGACUGUGCACUUUCAUCUCAAGAAUGUAAUAAUCAAAUGCUUUAAGAUUUACUACCAAUAUCUAUUGAAAAGAAAAUUCAACACUUGUGUCUCAAUCAGGCUGUUUUUGGGAAUUAUGUCUCGACAAAAGCAGAAUUUGCUGUGGUUGAUGAUCGUCUGUUGUGCGUCACACCAGAUAAGACAGUGCAAAUGCGACAAUGAGGGGCAAUAUGAAGUCAGCAUAGAUGAGGCAUUUGCAGACAUAAAGAUGUGGUUAUUACUAGAUGUUAGUUCUACACCAGCGGCAGGUUUUCUGAAAAUCCCUUCUGUUGAUCCUGGAGAGAUAUGUUCAAACGCUACAUAUGAUGAAGAUACAUGUAACUGGACAGAAGAAGGCAAAUACAUUCUGCAUUUUAAUGGGAGUGAAUGGAUGUGUGUCAUCUGUGUUAAUGAAAGUUCAACUGCUGACAGACCACUGUCAAACACCACCACUAACAAUCCAACUACCAGUUUUGAACCAACUGAGACAACUAAUGAUCCAACUACCAGUUUCGAACCAACUGAGACAACUAAUGAUCCAACUACCAGUUUCGAACCAACUGAGACAACUAACAAUCCAACUACCAGUUUCGAACCAUUUGUGACAAUAAACAAUCCAAAGACCAGUUCAACUAACAAUCUAACUACAAGUUUCAAACCAACUGAGACAACUAACAAUCCAAAUACAGUUUCAAACCAACUGAGACAACUAACAAUCCAAAUACCAGUUUCAAACCAUCUGUGACAAUAAACAAUCCAAAGACCAGUUCAACUAACAAUCCAACUACAAGUUUCAAACCAACUGAGACAACUAACAAUCCAACUACAAGUUUCAAACCAACUGAGACAACUAACAAUCCAACUACAAGUUUCAAACCAAC